AAGCCGACUGCUGACUCGCACCUUGACACUGAUUCCCAACACUGUUGGCAUUGAGACUGUCCUUGGCAGAUAGCAAGCCUUAAAAACACACCGCCCUCUAGUCUGCUCCAGCUUCUGAGGACUUGUUACACCUCUGAGUUCUCCAGUCCCUGCUCACUCGAACAAUUCCAUCAGAGUGGCAAAACCCAGCAGUGAAUUGGCAUUGCUGGCAGUUUCCAUGGCUCUUUCAGGAGAAGUGUGUGUGGUGACAGGAGCCUGUGGGUUUCUUGGAGAAAGGCUGGUUCGACUGUUGCUGAAGGAGGAGAAGCUUGCUGAGAUCCGACUGCUGGAUAGAAACAUCCGCUCUGAGCUAAUACAGUCUCUUGAUGAUUGCCGGGGAGAGACUAAAGUGAGUGUUUUCGAGGGCGAUAUCAGGAAUCCUGAGCUGCUGAGGAGAGCUUGUAAAGGAGCAGCGCUUGUUUUUCACACUGCGUCUCUCAUUGAUGUCAUUGGAGCAUUUGAGUACAGUGAACUGUAUGGAGUUAAUGUCAAAGCAACAAAGCUGCUGCUUGAGACAUGCAUCCAAGAAAACGUACCCUCCUUCAUUUACACCAGCAGCAUUGAGGUGGCUGGUCCCAAUCCCAGUGGUGAACCAAUCAUCAACGGCAAUGAGGACACCCCAUACUCCUCUCGCCUUAAAUUCAGCUACAGCAAAACCAAGAAGGAGGCCGAAGAGAUUUGCCUGCAGGCCAAUGGAGAUCUGCUGUGUAACGGAGGUCAGCUCGCUACCUGUGCACUGAGGCCCAUGUACAUCUUUGGACCAGGCUGCCGAUUUACUUUAGGCCACAUGAGGGAUGGAAUCCGCAAUGGAAAUGUGCUGCUGCGAACCUCACGCCGUGAGGCUAAAGUGAAUCCUGUAUAUGUGGGAAACGCAGCCCUGGCACAUCUACAAGCAGGACGGGGACUCAGAGAUCCUCAGAAAAGGGCCAUGAUGGGAGGAAACUUCUAUUACAUCUCAGACAACACGCCACAUGUCAGCUAUUCGGACUUUAACUAUGCUGUUCUGUCCUCUUUAGGCUUGGGAUACAAGAGAGGCCAAUUCUGCCCUUUCCGCUCCUGUAUAUUCUUUCUUUCUUCAUGGAGUUGCUGCACGUUGUGCUCCGACCCUUCCUAACGUUUACUCCACCCUUAAAUAGGCAGCUACUGACCAUGCUUAACACGCCUUUUAGUUUCUCAUAUCAAAAGGCUCACAGGGAUUUCGGCUACACCCCUCGCUAUGAAUGGGAAGAGGCGCGCAAAUGCACUAC